AAUAGAAAUGAUGCGCACGCCCAACGCGGCGGUUCUCCAGCGCGCUUCCGUUCACCUCACACCAAACACCAGUGCCAAUCGCUUUAAAGUUGGAGCACACGGGAGCCCGACCACAGACGAGCAUUUUAUCGCCGUCUGCGUGUUAUUUUAGUGCCAUGUUUCAGUUGCGUUCAACUCGCUGCUGAAAUUUAAAUCGUUCAGUUCAGCCAGCCACCCAAAUCGGAGCUCGCGCCCCGGCACGUUUCAGGCUUAUGAAGAUUGUUGAGGUUUCUAAAAGCUUCAGACCCUCCGAUAUAAUUUGAUCUCCAUGUGUGGGCUACUGUAGAAACAACAUGGAGAAUUCGAUGUAAGGGGACCCGUGGUCUCACCGUCAGGGCCGCGCGUCACAUGCCGUGAUGUGGGUAGAGUGUAGAACGCUGGAGACCAGCUGUGGAGGAAGGCGGAGGUUCCUGCGCUCAGCGGUUAUGAGACUCCCCUGCUCCUUCUGGUUUCUGCUGCUGUUAGCUGCUGGAGGUCUCCUUCUGCUGCACCUACAGGACCUCACAGAGCCACUUCAACAACAGAGCCAAGGUGCACAGGUCAUAUUCAGCCGAGUACAGCCUGUGAGAAAGGAACAAUGUUCUCAUUGUUCUGACAAUGACAGACAGUCGUCUUAUCCAACAGACGACAACUUCCCCAGCCCCGCCCACCCAGUUCAACUUACAGUCUUCUCGUGGGCCAGGCGUACCUCUCUACUCACUCCCAAAGACAUCACCGCUGCCCAUGUCACAAAAAGUCACCGUAAACUCCUCCUCAAGAGCGGUCCGCUCGUCCAGCCGCUCAACACUGACCCUCCUGGCCAAAACCGGGACAGCACCGAGCGGCUCACUCGGGUACAGCAGGUACGUCAGAGGCUUAUGAGGGAAGUCUGUGCCAAAUACACAAGUGGGACCACUAAGAGGUCUGUAACCCGCAUGCACGUGUCGCGUAUUUUUGUGGAGGACACACACAAACUCCUGUACUGUGAGGUGCCAAAGGCAGGCUGCUCUAACUGGAAGCGGGUGCUCAUGGUCCUCCAAGGUCUCGCACCCUCCACGGGGGAGAUCCAACAUGAUGAGGUGCAUUACGGGAAUCACCUUAAACGCCUGGACUCCUUUGAUCACAAAGGCAUCGUCCAACGUUUAAAGACCUACACCAAAGUCUUAUUCCUGAGGGAGCCUUUUGAAAGGCUAGUGUCUGCUUUUCGGGAUAAGUUCGAGAGUCCAAACUCGUACUACCACCCGGUGUUUGGGAAGCCCAUCAUAUCGAGAUAUCGUAGCAACGCCACUCAGCAAGCUUUGCGCACGGGAGCAGGCGUCACCUUUAAGGAGUUCAUCCAGUAUUUGUUAGACGUGCACAGGCCGGUCGGCAUGGACAUCCACUGGGAGCCUGUAGGCCAGCUCUGUAGCCCCUGCCUGCUGGAUUACGACUUCAUUGGAAAAUUUGAGACUUUGGAAGAAGAGGCGAACUUCCUUUUGAGAAGCUUUGGAGCGCCAUCCAAUUUAACAUUCCCUAGUUUCAAAGACAGAAACCCUAACGCAGAAAGAACGUCCUCGGAAAUUAUGAGGAGAUACUUUGCACAGUUAAACGUGACGGAGAGACAGAGAGCGUAUGACUUUUACUACAUGGAUUAUCUGAUGUUCAACUACUCCAAACCGUUUAAUGAUUUGUACUGAGGCCACCGUAGUUAUAUUACGAAACUGUGGAACUGUCGUUCACGUUUUGUCAUAGUGAAGUUAUUACUUUAAAAUGUUGUUUGUUUAUUAAGAAAUUUACGAGUGAAAUGUUAAUCACACUGUAUUAAGCUCAGUGACUGCAGGCUGGCCCUUGCUUUUAUCUUAUUUACAAACAUAUUAAAUCUCAUGUUCAGUAAGCAAGCCCUCUAAAAUGCGUCGUGCAUUUAAACACGUCUGUGUAGGUGGCAUAUAUUCUUCAAACCGCUUUGAAUGAUAGACUGUACUGAGAGCGUCUGCAAAUACGUUGUUUUACAGUCAGAUGAACUCAAAGAUGUCUGAUUGUUACUAAGUGCAACAUUCUUCAAAGCCACUAAAUUUAAAAUAUGAGUGUAAAUUGACUCUAUACAACAUGCAAUUAUUUUUUAACAAACUGACGCUUUGGUCCAUAUUUGUACGAUACCUAUACAAUUUUAAUUGUUGUGAAUGUACAAGAACAAUUUGUAUACAAUGUGUUGUCUGUCACAACGUGACCUAAUACACCUUUUGCCUUACUUUCAGAUUUCUCAUAAUAGGAAGUUUCUCCUUCCAUCGAUUUUUUUUGUCUUCUGUAUAUCAAUAAAUGUUAGCACCAUCUUUUAACGUCAGUGUGCUGGUAUCUUUGGGUUACUGUCUUCUGUAUGUUGUGAUGAUGAAGUCAUUAUAUCAUGCAAUGUCAGUCACUGCUAAACCUGAUUAUACGCCUACAGCGGUUGUGAUUGAAUGUUCAUCACAAUGUCACCUUUUUCUUUUUUGAUAUAUAGGC